AUGAUACCUGAGGAAAGUGAUACGAUAGAAAUUCCCGAAAGCUUGGUGAGAAGGGACGGUAACGAUAAUAUCUACAGCACAAAGAGUCGAGGAGUUGAUGACAAAGUGUACACUUACGAUGAGGCCAUCGAUUUAACAGGCAGUGGGUUGUACAUUUACGUGAUGCUUUUGGUUUUGGCAUUUGCAUUAGAAGGUAUGGCACUGGACAUGUUUGGGCUGUCGGUGAUAGUGACCAGCGCUUGUGAUCUGGAGCUCACGCACGCUCAGAGGAGUAUCCUGCUCUCCAUGCCUUUUUUGGGUUCAAUAGUGAUGUCGUAUCCCUGGGGCUACGUCGCCGACACACAAGGCCGGUUGAAGGCUUUGAGGAUUUGUUUGUGGGGAAGUUUCAUCUUGGCCAGUUUAAGCGCUUUCUCUCCCAACUGGAUUGUGUUGGCUGUCUUAAGAUUCUGCAGCACCACUUUCGGCUAUUUUAUCCUGAAGUUACAUUUUGCUUUUGAUCUCGGCUUCAUAAUAUUUACGCCUUGGAGACUCUUGACUUUGGUGUUAGCCAUGCCACUCGGUGUAGCGGCCGUUUUUUCCUUGUUUUUCGUUGAAAGUCCGAAGUUUUUACUAAAUAUUGGAGAUGAAAAAUGUGCCUUGAAAUUUCUUAGGAAAAUAAGCGCGAGGAAUGGUGUUAAUCCAAAUAGAUAUCCAGUAAAGAGAGUGGUCCUCAAUGAACUCACACCGUUAAAGAAAGAUAUUCCACUUCUGAAGUCUCUACUGGACCAAAUAGUUCCUCUGUUUAAACCACCGCUGCUUUACAGAUCUGUUCAGUUACUCUUCAUCAAUGGCGUAAUAUUUUCAACAAAUAACGGUUUUUAUUCCUGGUUGCCAUUGAUAGCCGACAGGCUUACUACCAGCUCCGAUUUAGACGUUGCGAACGGCAGCUUAUGUGAUUUGAUUAGUAAUUAUGAUGUGCAGAAUAACAAUAGCUCCUGCAUAGAAACCGUGACGGAAUCUACAUUGUGGAUGAGUCUGAUUCUUGGGUUUUCUCUCAUCUUCCUGAACUUUGGCUGCACGUGGCUCUCUUCGAGGAAGAAAGCAGUUCUGCUGUGUCAGCUCCUGAUCUCAUUUAUUUGUGGUGUUGCCAUACCAACGGUUUCUGGAACUGUCUUGAAGAUAACCUUAUUUUCGGGACUUUUGAUCACUUCUCUAUCAGCUGCAAUUGUUUUCUCGUAUUUCAUCGAUUUGUUUCCUACUUCAUAUCGUGGCAUGGCCGCUUGUUUGGGAGUAAUGAUAGCUCGAGUAAGUGGACUGGCUGGCUUGAAUAUUAUUGGCGGCUACAUCGUGUCUAACUGUGCGGGCACGUUCUAUAGCUCGAGCGUCUUCGGGUUGAGCGCAGUCGUUGCCUCCAUGUUCUUACCACCUGACAGACCCAAGAAACAGUGAAGAAUUGGCACAUAAUAAGUAUACGAAGUUUUGUAUUAUAAAUUUGGAAGAAAGUAAAAGUGACUGGUGUAAUAAUGUAGAUGAAAUUAAAUCUACAUCUGUAAAUA